GUGGCCUUCGUGUUCGCUAGAGCCGACCUAGCACACCUGUCGUGUGCCUUUGCUCGUGCAGUCUGUACCUUGCAGUCCACGAGUUUGCAAGCAGUACGCGCGCGAGUUUGUGUCCGUCGUGUCAGCCUUGUGUCAUGUGAAUAAAAGUUGUCGACAGCGAACGUCGUCAAUAACACACGCUCUCGAGACAACAUCUCGUUGUGCAACAAACAGUGAUAACGAUACCAAUUGUCGUGGUGACAUCAUGUCGCAAGUUUCAGGACACGAAAAAGCGAGGCUCUGCCAUGUCAUCAAAUCCGAAACUUUCGACGGUUACGGAUUCAACCUGCACGCCGAAAAGGGCAAGAUAGGACAAUUCAUAGGCAAAGUGGAUGAGGGGUCGCCCGCAGAGAAAGCGGGACUGAAGCAGGGAGAUCGCAUCUUGGAGGUGAACGGCGCGAGCAUUGCCAAUGAGACGCACAAGCAAGUGGUGCAGCGCAUCAAAAGCGUCCCGAACGAAACGCGGCUACUGGUGAUCACGCCGGGCGAAGGGGAGGAUACCGUCACCAUCGACACACGGAACGAAAAAACAACAAAACAAGAAGAUACUGAAAAAAAUGAUAAGGCUACACCGCAACUGAAUUUAGGAAUGACCGCCGCCGAAUUGCGUGCGAAAUUGCUCGCUAAGAAGAAGUAUGAUCCGAAAAAGGAAUCUCUGGAUCUCAAGAAGAAAUAUGAUAUUGUUCAAAAAUUGUAAAUCUAAUCUACUCAAUAAUUAUUACGAAAUUGGAUGAUGCAAGCGUGAAUCUUGUGUCUAUACACUUGAUUGGAUAACGAUCACGCUCUUGGUUUUUUUACUUACGAUUUUGUUACCCAAAAAACAGGUUUGUCUGAGAGCGUCUUCAAGCCUGCUCGUUUGAUUCAGUAUUUCUAAAACGUUUAAUGAGUAGUCGUACCGUUUACUCGGCUUAUCAGUUUUGGGUUGUACACAUUGAAAUUUACAUACGGCUUGUGCAAGUUGCUUGCAUGGAUUAUUUGCAUACUUGUACAUCGAAAACACUGUGUACUUAUAUCUACUAGAUAAUACCAUAUUACAGAAUAGCACGUGCUCGCUAUUUUUUUAAAGUUUGGUACGUUUUUAUGUGUUGUUACUAAAAAAAUAUCGCACCACAGCGUAUUGCAAAAAGUUAAAAAAAAGCACAUAGGUCGUAGAAUAUUUAUGACAAUUAGUAAUUUCUUUAAAGAAUAGUGGAUAAUAAAAUAUCCAAACGAUACCAACCAAAUGUAAAAUAUAUUAAUGUUGUGAUUGUAUGAAAGAAGUGCCUUGUUGAUUCUGUGAGUGAAAAAAUGUACGAAAGGACGAACAAAGUCAAAUGAGUAAUGUUAAUGCAAAUUCAGU